UAUGUGAUAUGUUCAAGUUGUAAAGUCCAAAAAAUAAACGAGUGUACGGUGACAAUUUUCAAGAAUGUCGGAGUUCCCAAUGAUUCCCAUGCUGUCGUCUUUUCCAACUGUUGUUUCUCUUCGACUGUGCCGUCCGAAUAUGCUCUCAAAACUGACAAUGCCACACUUUCUCUCUAUUUCCUCUUCUUCUUCUUCUUCACUUCAACAUGAGGUCUCUCAACCCAGCUGCACCAGGCCGACAAGAACAGAAACCAUACAGCCAUACCCGAGAGAGCCCGUACUUCAAUGGUCUGUUAAAAGGCAAUGAUCUGGCUCCUAUCUUUGACUUUCCACUUCAUGGAAGAAUUGGCAGCAAGAACCUUUCUCAGUCCACGUCAGAUAUUGGUGACAGCAAACUCCAUUCAAAUAUGUCUGAAAAGGUCAUGGGCUCACCCUCACUAUUAGAAGAUUCAGCCUCACAUAAUAAUAUUCUCGAACCUUUUGAUUUUGACUUUCAAUGAAUUUUUGAUAGCCAGAACAUUUCUCGAUCCACAUCUGAUAUUGGUGACAUGAGAAGCACGAAAAUUGUUUCAAAAAUAUCUGAAGAAGUCAUGGAAUCACCACUGGAAGAUUCGAUCUCAGAUAUUAUUUUCGAACCUUUUGAUGAGCAGCCUUCAUCUGGGAGAUGGUCCAAGAUUGUCCUGUCAAAAUCAUUUGCAUUCUCAAGUAGUAAAUCGGACUUGAACUUUGACCUGAGUUCUCAAAAUGAUGCAGUGUAUGGCCCUAGUCUUACAACCUUUGAAGAAAAUGAUAAAUAUAAUACUUCACAUUAUCUGGCAAGGCCGGCAUUUGAAAUAUCAUACAGCAUGGAAAAAAGGAAACAAUACCUAUCAAAUAUUCCACUUCCUCAGUCUGCAGCAACAUUUUAUAAUGGGAUCUCACCAGAAAUGGAAAUUGUUGAAUCAUGUAAAAGCAUUAAUAGGCUAAAUAAUUAUUUGAGAGACAUAAAGGAUGAUGUCAAAGCUGGUGUCCCGGGAAAAUUCUUGCAUGCUGUGAUAGGGCAAGAUAUCUCCGAUGUUGGAUUAGUUGCUUCAACCAUCAUGUACGCCUUCUACUUGAACGAAACAUACUAGAGCGACCAGUUGUGCACUUUGCCUGUCAUCAACAUGAAGAGGGCAGACCUAAGUUGUCAUGCUGAAAUCAAAUGGUUGAUUGCAUCUUGUCUAAUUGAUCAAUCAUCCUUAAUUUUUAUAGAUGAGAUUGACCUGCCAUAUUAUGACCUAUUUGGGAGUCUUAAGCUGGUUCUACUAAAUAGCCACAAGCUUCUGAUUAAACAAGAGGCAUUAAAGGAGGCAGUAGUUGAAAUCUUCUGUUGCAGAAAGGGUGAGUCUGUAUAUCCUUGGGUUGAGACUCAUACUAUAGGAGAGGAUUGUUCAUGCUGUACACUUAUUGCUGAGAGGAUUGCUCUGGCUUCACCUGAGAUUUUGGCUGGGCAAGGAUUCAGCAGACUUUUGUUAGCUGGCAUUUUCAUAGAAACAGGAAACCUAACUAAUCCGCGCUGUACCUUGAAAGAUAAGUAUAUGGCCACACUAUUGAUCAAUGGUGCUGGUCGCUUUGGAUCCAAUGAUCUCUACCAGAUAUUGAAAUACAAAAUGCAUGAUGUGUCUGAUCUCAAAAUGGUCGACAUUCUGCACAAGGAUUUCAAAAAUUGGAGAAGAUUAGGAAAGCCAGAUGCUGCUGGGUCAAGAUUUAUGGCUUUACAUGUUGGAAUGAGGUCUAUUGGAAUUUCAAUUGCACAACUUCUUGCUCAUGAAGAUGCUUCAUCUCAAGGAAUCAAAAAUUUCCAGAGGUUGGAGAAACUUCGGCUACUCAUGAUUGUUUCUGGAUAUUAUGAUUCUCAGAAGAACUUCAAGAGAGAGAUCCUGGGCUCUGCUGAAUCUGUGGAGCUUAUGAAGAACCUAAUUUUCUUCUUCAACUCAAAUGCCUCCCAACUUCCGCUCAAAGUUCUCCAUAAACCAGUUCUUCAAAACUGCACCAGUCCUCACACUCCGAGACUUCACUCUUUCACCCUUCUUCAAAUGCCCGAAUGACCUUACUUUAUAUUUUUUCAUCCUUUUCUUCUUUUCUUCCUUCAACAUGUCUCACAAAUUUAACAUCACAUCUUCAUUUAUGUGGCUUGACUUUUGUACAUCCCUUCAUAAAUGUUGUUGGACUUUUGUACAUAAUUAUAGAGAAAAAGAUGAACUCAAUUCUUCUCUUUCGGUAAAGCUACUUUAGCAAACCCAUUUCACUUUGCUGGCUUCUCAGCACUUGUCCAACAAGCUCAUUUAAUGAGCUAAGCAAAAGAGUGGGCUGGACAUGUAGGUGUCGGCAGACUCGGCACCCAACAUAAUUGCACACUGAAUUCAUGUGGAAAAUGGCUGCAUGUAUUAGUAUUAUAAAGACAUAAGCCAGAUGGCAUGCAUUAAGAAGGCAGAAGCCAGGGGGAAAGUUUUAAACACACACCUAUACUAGAUCACUGGCCAAAUUUAGACUGACUAGGCAGUAGGCACCCCCAUGUACAGACCAUUGUAAGCCAAGUUCUGCCGCAGUAGGAGGAAACGCCAUUAUGUACAAGCAAGCAUAAAAUCUCUUUUUCAACUGUAAUUUUACUUUUGUCUUAAGGAAGCUGCUUCACACAACUUAGUUUCAUCUCUUGAUUCUAACCAUGAUCUUGGUUUCACCAACCCCAGAGCAGUGAACUAUUUCCAGGAGGUGUCCAUAAAGUCUACUUUUCUACUAUAGUACCUCUAUGGCUCCUCCUCUAAAGACCAAGUACACGAAUGUCAUUAAUACCUAAACAGGAUUCAACUCAAACGACCAUAUGCAAGCACAAGGGCCUUGGACUAGCUUGGCUUGUAACAUAGCAGGGCAAAAGUGCCUAUUGUAAGGCCUUAAUAUGAAAAGCCAGUAUUCAUAUCACUAAUAGCAUUCUGAAAAUCCACUUUCUCCCUAUGAUAAGCUUUCCACUUACACAGUUCUGUUUAUACACAGCUUAUGUAUCCCAAUUGCGGUGACGUGAUAAACUGUUUCUUAUAAAUUGAAACUAAUUUAUGCUUUUUAAAUUCUCAGCUCUAAAUCCUAAAUAAUGAUUUUGAAAUGACAUGAGGCACGUUGAGAUUAGAUAGGAUUAUUAUCUUCAAAUAAGACUCAGUGGGGUAAUCAUCGCAAAGUAAAGGAAUGACGGAGUUUUAGGUUUGUACUAGUCUUAUCCCCAAAUGACACUAUAAAGAACAACAUGUUCAAGCUGAUUUAAGUUUAUAUCCUGGUUUGGGCAUGCCUGAAAAUUCUCAGCUAGAGCGUGUUUCUUGCCCUAUCAAUUGUUAGUAUUUCUUAUUCCCUUUUUAAUAAAGAGCAAUAUGAAGUCCUUGAUUUUGGAGAUUAACAUGACAAUCCAAAAGGCAAUCUACCUAAAUGACAUACUGGGUUUUGUAGCAUAAUAAUAUUAAUAUCCAUUGUAAUAUUUUGCACACCCAAUUCCUCAAUGCCAAAAAUUGGUGAGACAGCUUACAAAUACAAGUCUCACGCAGUUGCCAAUGACACUUUGCAUUUUCAAAUAAAACAUUGU